UCGAUAUCUUACUCCCUGGACCUUUAACUGCAAGGUUUCUCGCCGCCUAUGCGGUCCUCCCACAUCCCAACCUGACUAUAUUUGGUUUGAUUGCUACCGUCGCUACGGAGGACUGCAAAACGUACCCACUUCUAUCUCUUUGUUUGCUGUUAACCAAGCCGGGUCCAACACCACGCUUUACUAGUAACCCCAUCAACCUAUCUAUCCAUCGACCUGUUUGCAAAAUGUUUUCCUUGCUCACUGCUUGAAUCGAGUGUUUCGUGGUGGAAAUCUCGGGAAAUCAGCACCAAACCAAACGUACCAAGCCCCUCCCCGACGGACGCUUUCUGAGACGCUAUGCGGGGAGCAGUGGCGGAUAACAAUGUCGCUGGUCCGCAUUUUGGUGAUCAAGCUGGCAUCGGCCCGGACGCGACGCAUAGGCAAUAUUUGGAUAUGAAAUCAUUGCAGGAUAUGGCCGCGUCAUUAAAUCUAAACGGAGAUGUUCCACUGAAUGAACUAGUUCGAAUUUCCGAGGAUGCGAUCCAGAAAUCGAAGAUAUUAGCACAACAAGGGCAGCUAGAUCUUGCGCUUGUGCAAUAUCUUCGGGCAUCGGACGUCGUCAUUAAUGUAAUUCCAAACCACCCGGACUUCAAUUACAUGAACCGUCACCACCCACGGUGGGCAGGUCAGUUCUCGGGGCUUAUGAUGGCUGUCAAUUCCCAACACGCUACCAUGGAGAAUAUCAAGCGGAAGCUUAGUUCGCAGCAUAAUCCGAGCUACGGUCAUGAGUCCAGCCAGUCACGGCCAAAUUCGGGGGGUUAUAAUGCUUCGCCAAUCCUGCCUUCGGAAUCCUCUCGUUACGAAGCAGCGCAAGAUCCCCCCGAUAUCCCCAUUCGCAUGCCAAGUCCCUCAAGCUUCCAACGCUCGCCGACCAUACCAGCAAUACUGCAAACACCAGGGUCCCCGUCGAGGAAAAUCAAACCCGAAGUGAAACCCAAACCGGAAAAUCUAAUGGGGAAGCCUACAGAGGAGAAAACAACGAUGCAGGAUCCUCUCACGCAGCGAUUUGCCGAGUUAAGGAAUUCGCACAUAAAGAGGACUCCAAUCGACAAUAGUGGUACAACUCUAAAUAAUGGCACCUGGGCUCCUCCGUCCGCAGACUCUCAUACAUCCCAACCUCUCUCGCAUUCGCGUCCUCGCUCAGUUUUGGAUCCACCACCUCCUCGCCCACUGGGGCCCAGGGAGAUGAAUUCUUAUCGUACUGACCCCCCAGCUCCACCCCCGAAAGUGCCCAUUUCAUCGGUUGAACCAUCCCUUCCAAGAGUUCCUAGCCCCGCAUAUAGUCCGGUGACUACCGUCCCAUCCCAACCGCCUCCGAAUCCUCCCAGGACUUCCGUUGAUAGCAUUCGCCCUGUAUCCUGCCGACAAUCCUCUUCCUGGAUGGGUGUAUCGAACGAGACUCUUGCCGUCGUUGAUGAUAACCCAUAUCGAUCCCGUACCCCGAACGGUAUGAAUGCAGAAGGAGAGCUAAGGAAUAAUACAGCAGAUAUGACUGUCGGUGAAUCAAUUUCCGCUGAAGAUUUACUGCAAUUUUUGCGAAAAUACGACAUUCUGCUUAUCGAUGUCCGUCCGCGAGAUCAGUAUGACAGUGGCCAUAUAUAUUCAAAGUCUAUCAUAUGUAUCGAGCCGGUCAUCCUCAAGGAAAACAUGUCCGCGGAAGAGCUCGAGGAUCGUUUAGUAAUAUCACCAGAAGCUGAACAAUCACUAUUUUCCAAGCGGAACGAAUUUGAUCUCAUUGUGUAUUACGAUCAAAAUACAAGUGAUCCGUCAUACCUCUCUGGUUCUCCAGCGUCGAGCGCUGUGCCUCAUCUUAGAGCUCUUUAUGACACACUAUACGAAUUUAAUAUGUAUAAGCCGCUCAAAUAUGGCCGACAGCCAGCUUUUCUUGUCGGAGGACUGGAUGCUUGGGUGGACCUUGUCGGUCAGCAGUCACUAUCAACCACGCACACCGCAGCUAUUAUGCACUCUGUACGGGCACGCAAACCCGUUCCGGGAAAGUACCAGCCAUUGAGGAGGAUGCCAACCGCCAGUGCCAAUUCAAGCUGGGAGGUGAAGAAAAGGAGAUUACGUGAAUUCAAACCUUUGAACCCAGAGGAAGAACGGGCGUGGCUGGAGAAGGCAAAGACUGAAGAGAUCGAUCCAUCCAGCUAUGGUGCAGGUGAUGGCGUUAUUACUGAGGAACCCCAAGAACUCGAAUCGGCUGAAGCCGAACUGAGCUCUUCUUUUGUUCAUUCGUAUGAAGACUUCCUUCGACGGUUUCCUGAACCCGGAGACAUUCGACAGUCUAUGGCCGGUCUUCCCAUGACCGACCAUCAAUCCACUCAAUUCCAUGAGCCACUAAUCGCACAUCCUUCUCGGCCGCCACCAGCGGUGCCCCGUCCAUCUUAUAGCGGUGUUACUGAUGGCCGACAUAUCCAACCCUCUUUUGCACGUCAAGCCUCUGCCACGAAGCAUGCAUUGUAUAAAGCCAGUUCUCCACUUGAUCGUAUUAAACUUCCUCGAACCGGCCUCGUUAACUUUGGAUCAACGUGCUAUAUGAAUUCGAUCAUUCAGAGUUUAAGCGCAACAACAGAGCUGACCAAGUUCUUCUUCAAUAAUCAUUUCCAUACCGUCGUUCAAAAGAAUUGGAAGGGCUCACAAGGUGUUCUACCGGGACUUUAUGCCAACCUAGUACGGUCGUUGUGGAAGAAUGAUGUUGAAGUCAUUCGGCCCACCUCUUUCCGAAAAUUUAUUGGACGCUUGAAUUCCGAGUGGGCGGGUAGCCAGCAGCAAGAUGCCAAGGAGUUUUUCGAUGUACUUGUCGACUGCCUGCACGAAGAUCUUAAUGUAAACUGGCAAAGAACUCCCCUGCGUCCACUGACAACAGAACAAGAAAUGCGCCGUGAGCGAAUGCCAAUACAUCAAGUCUCGGGAAUCGAAUGGAACCGAUAUUGCCACCGUGAAUUCUCUUAUAUAUCUAGUCUUUUCGCCGGGCAACAUGCAAGUCGCUUACGUUGUACGACGUGUCGGCGUACCUCUACGACCUACGAGGCUUUUUAUAGCAUCAGCGUAGAGAUCCCACCAUCCGGGAAGGGCGACAUUUACCAAUGUCUCCGCAGUUAUUGUCAAGAGGAGAUGCUUAGCGGGGAUGAAGUUUGGAAAUGCCCUCAUUGUCGCACUGAGAGAGAGGCCACGAAGCAAAUCAUCCUGACUCGUGCGCCCCAGUUUCUUGUCCUCCAUUUUAAGCGAUUUUCCGCAUCUCACCGCCAACAAGCUCGCAAGAUACAUACACCGGUGUAUUUCCCACUCUCAGGCUUAGACAUGACUCCUUUUAUGAUUCAGCCCCCAUCCACUCCGCCUUCUCAGCCUCAACCCAAUGGGAAUCCCGCCCAGACGUCUGCAGUGUCACAAUCUCAGACCGAACUUUCGCCGAAUGACCUGGCAACGUCUUCUCCGUUUAUUUACAAUGCCUAUGCCGUUGUGCGACACUUGGGAUCGACAAUCCAUGAAGGCCACUACAUUUCUCUGGUUCGGGACGCUAAUCGCGACUGUUGGCGCAAGUUUGACGACCAUCGUGUCACAGAUUUUCAACCUGGCAACCCAGGAUCGUCUGAUUGCCUUCAGAGCGAACAGGCGUAUCUGGUGUUUUACGAACGCGCCCCCAGAAAUUAAGCUCUUCUUGACGCCCUUCUGCCCUGCAGUAUGACCAUGAAUGAUGAACGUACGAUGGCAGGUUGUUACUUUUCUCUGGUUUAUGAAGCAUAAAUGCUA